AUGUCCGCACUCCUAUGGGCUGCCGAUCAAGGGAUGGUCAAGACUGCUCAGCAUUCACUGAAUGCUAGUUUCGGAGUUUCAACCACCGUAAAACUUGAGAUAUUCUAUGAUGCACUUGCAAUCGCGGUACAAGCGGGACACACGAGUAUCGCGAAGACUCUUCUAAUGCAAGAGGGAAUCGAUCCUAAUUUCCAUUAUCGGCAUAGAGAGGCCGGAGAAUGCAUAACGCUUUUAGCAAGAGCAGCUCGGGCAGGUCAUGUACAUAUGGUUGCCCUGUUGCUGUCAACAAAAGGCAUCAACCCGAAUCUAGGAGAUUGCAUGGGAAAACCACCGAUUGCUUAUGCGGCAAUAAACAACCAGGAUCCAGUGGUUGAACAGCUGCUUGCCGCCCCGGGCGUAGAUCCGAAUUGGAAAGAUGACCAUGGGCGUACGCCACUUGCCUGGACAGUUAGUUUCGGAUCAGAAGCAGCUGUAUCCCUAUUCCUAUCUCGACAGGACAUUGAUGUCAAUUCCGCAAUAACUACGGAUUAUCUGUGGAAAAAGGGAUGGACAGCCCUGAUGUUCGCGGCUAGCAGGGUAUUUGCAAUGAAAGUGGAGCUAUUGCUUCAGACGCCACAUAUCAAUGUGAACCACCAAUGCUUCCGUGGAAAAACAGCGUUACACCACGCGGUGCAGGUUGGCUCUGAAGUUAUCGUCCAGCUUCUACUUGCAAAGGGGGCUUAUCCCGAUCCCAGAGACGACAACAAUAACUCUCCCCUAGUUUGGGCCGCAUCGAGAGGUUACCUAUCCAUCAUGAAAUUGCUAUAUGAAGCAGGGGCUGACCUCAACACUGCCCCGAGGGAUGGCUGUACUGCACUUAUUGAAGCUUCGGCUGGCGGAUAUACAGAUAUAGUUUUGUUUCUAUUAGGCACGGGAAAGGUGGACCUAGCAGCGCAAAGCGAAGAUAGCAAGCGCAAUGCUUUGUCGGUAGCUGUAGAGGGGGGUAUCGGGAAAUUGUCGACCUUUUAUUGA